AUGUCCUUAACACUGAAGCUCUCCUCCUUGGCAAUUAGGACCUUGUCCAAGCCUAUUGCUAGUCAAAUCAAAGCCCAAGCCCGUGAACAUGAGCGGUUCCGCAAGAUCUGCGUCUCGAUGGCGCAGGCCCUUCACAGAUUUGAUAUGCGCCUUCGAUUAGGAUCCAUACGCGACACUGCAGCUUCACAAAGACAAGCUGCGGCCGAAGCUGCAGCUAGGAAACUCAAGCCUACCUCGCCGACCGUCAAGAAUGCCGCAGAGACCAAGGCUGCUGAGGAGGCAGAAGCCAAAGCCAAAGCUGCAGCCGAAGAAGCGGCCAAACCCCAGCACUAUCGUAUCCGACCCCUCUCCGAAUCGAAAGCCAUCGAGUCCGGCGCCAAUUUCAUCUCCGAGUCCUUCCUUUUCCUUGUUGCGGGAGGUCUGAUUCUCUUCGAGUCAUGGCGCUCACGGCAGAAGGAAAGCACGCGACGAUCAGAUGUUGAGGGGAGAUUGGUUGAGUUGGAACAAUCGGGGCAGGCCGCGCGCGGAGCUCUGGUGGCUCUAGAAAAGGAGUUGCUACAACUCAGAGCUAAGCACGGAGAGCUACCCAAGUUGCCGACGAACAGGAUUCUACCGAAAGAGAUCUAUGAGCAAGCCCCAGAAGUGGAAUCACCAGAGGUCCCUCAGGGAUGGUUCUCGCGCAUUGCAUCUUAUGUGUUCUUCAGUCAAAGUGCCGAGCCGUCUGAAACCCCGGCUGCACCUAAUGCCCAACCCGCAUCAGACAAGCCUGGAUCGACAGAGCCUUCACCGAAACCCGCUGCUUCUACCAAGAAAGUGCCAGUGUCUGCGCCGGUGUCUGCGCCAAAGAGCUCGUGA